AUGUCUUCUUCUUCUUAUUUUCGAUCUUGGAUGGACGGACCGAUGCUCGAUCCAGAAUCAAAUUUAUUGAAUGAUGAGUAUGCUCGUGGUGUAGGCGAGUUUAUGGAGUUGGCAUGUCAACAACCGAUCGUUCUUCAAACCCGUAAGUUGAAAUGUCCAUGUUCGAUUUGCCGGAAUUCUCACAAUAUUAGGAUUGAUUUAGUAUGGGGUCAUCUUUAUUCGAAUGGUUUUAUGCCGGGUUACAAAAUUUGGUUUCUCCAUGGUGAAAGACCAGAGUAUAUUAGUUCUAGCGAACCAUAUAUUGUUGAUAGCGUAGAGGAACCUAGAACAGAAGUAGAUUAUGGUGUGGGUACUGUUGAGAUGGUGAAUGAUGCAUAUAGGGAAAAUAUGCAAUCGAUGGGUCAAAAUGUUGAUAGGUUAGAGGAACCUAAUGCAGAGGCAUGCAAGUUUUUUUCUAUGUUGGACGCAGCUAAGCAGCCGUUAUAUGAAGGUUGUAGGGAAGGUCAUUCGGCUUUAUCAUCUGCAAGCAGAUUGAUGACCAUAAAGACGGACUACAAUUUGGCUGAGGAAUGUGUGGAUGCGAUAACAGAUUUUGUGAAAGACAUUUUGCCUGAAGAUAAUCAUUUUCCAGGUACAUAUUACGAGAUUCAGAAAUUGGUCGCCGGUCUUGGUUUGUCGUAUCAAAUGAUAGAUGUAUGCGAAGAUAAUUGCAUGAUCUAUUGGAGAGAAGACGAAGAUAGGACAAGGUGUCGAUUUUGUCAAAAACCAAGAUAUCAGGAAACAAGCGGUAGGGUUCCAGUUCCAUAUAAGCGGAUGUGGUAUUUACCGAUCACAGAAAGGCUGAAGCGAUUAUAUCAAUCUGAGCGUACGGCUGGUCCAAUAAGAUGGCACACAGAACAUAGAUCAAACGGAGAGAUUACGCAUCCUUCAGAUGCAAAAGCAUGGAGGCAUUUCUAA